UACCGAUUCUAAGCAAACGCAUGAAUGUCGUUUUCGUGGCUUGGCUUCGAAAUGGAAAGUGAAAGAAUGGCUCAAGAAUAGUUAAACUCCAUUUUGUGUCGAAGAGCAGCCGAACAGGCAACACAACUGGACAGAACCAGAUUAAGGGACAACGCCAUGAAUAUUCGAGGGGCCCUCUUAAGGGGUCGAGAAGGACCCAAGUACAUUGGCUUGAGCACCCGGGGCUCCACCUGCUACCUGAACAGCGUGCUUCAAGUGUUCUUCAUGACCAAAGAAUUCAGAGACGCUGUCCAAAGAAACCUCUUUUCGAUUCCUUUGUAUGUCUGCAGUGAAAGCUCCCAUACCUCCUACAUCGAUGCUCAGCUCAAAGAUCUCUUCCUUCUGCUGAAGAAAGGUUGUCCCACUACGGAAGACAUCAUCCACGGUCUUGGGAUAAAAGAUGUAUGGAAGCAGCAAGAUGCGGCAGAGUAUUUUGAGAGGAUUCUAAGUCUGGCGAGUCCUGAGGCCUCACAGGUUUUCCAUGGAAAGUUAAAUCACCGCAUGUCAUGUUUGUGUGGCAAAAGCACUGAUGAACACAAUUCAUUUUGGACUCUUAAUCUCCCGAUUAACAAUGCCCACAAUGGAGUUUAUAACGUGGAAGAUGGGUUGAAACGAUUUUUCAGCCAAUCAAAGUUAACCGGAGAAAACCAAGUGUACUGUGAUGGUUGCGAGGCCAAAGCAGACACCACUACUGAAUGUGAAGUAGAACUCUAUCCAAAGGUUCUUGUGCUGCUGCUCAAGAGAUUUGAGUUCAAAUACUACAAAAUGGACUACGUGAAAAACAACUGCCCUGUGGAUGUUCCUUUGAACAUUGAAAUGCCAAUGGAGAGGUCAGCCGUGAGUGGAAGAGGAAGAGGAAGAGGCUCCCUGGUGAGACCUCGGAGGAAACCCAACAGAAAGACAGUGCAGGGCGUGAGCUAUGAGCUCUAUGCCACCGUGGACCAUGUGGGGGACCUGAGGGGGGGCCACUACACAGCCACCAUCCAGCCUCCAGACGACGGGGGCUGCUGGUACGACUUCAACGACUCCAGGGUUACACCGAAAACUCACUUUAAUCCAAAAAAGAGCCAGAGCGGCUAUCUCCUUUUUUACAGAAAGAGAGAAAGACAAAUGAGUGAACCACCACUGGAGGACCCCUCUAGGCCAUUGGAUGAACAGCAGAGUACAGCAAUGGAGGAGACUGUCAUAUGGGACCAGCACACAGUCACACUUCACAGGGUACGAUGGAAUAGCUUUGGCAUCUCCAUCUCAGGAGGCCGGGAUAAGCCUCACUUCCAGAGCGGCGAGACCUCCAUCGUGAUCUCAGAUGUCCUGAAGGGAGGCCCGGCAGAAGGCCGUCUGCAGGUGAAUGACAGGGUGUUCAUGGUCAACGCCGUGUCCAUGGACAACAUGGAGCCCGCCUACGCCAUCCAGCAGCUCCACAGGAGCGGGAAGAAUGCAGAAAUUACAAUCAUGCGAAAGAGGAAGGUGCACGUGCCCAUGGGCCGGCUGGGCGAGCGGGAAACCAUGUCAGAGCACGACAAGGAGGAGGACAGCUAUGACGAGGAGAUCCACGAGACGGGCAGUGCCCUCAGCGGGGCCUACAGCGCCGUGGACAAGGCUACCGGCCACCGCAGCGGGCACAGCGGGCGCAGCGGGCACAGCGACGGCCACCGGUACCGCGAGUGGGAGCGCAGCGUGUCCCAGGAGAGGAGCUCGUCCCCGCGCGCCGACCGCCGCGGCCAGCACGUACCCCUGCCAGGGCCCGCCAAGGUCACGCUCGUCAAGUCCCUCAAGAACGAAGAGAGCGAACCUAGGGAUGCAGGAACAGACCAGGGCAGCUCAGGAAUCAUUUGUCUUCACACCAUCAAGCAGAUCAAUGACAGAGACAAGCACGCGGUGCUGGACCUCACGCCCAACAUGAACAUGAGGACCCGGCUGUGCCCCGAGUCCAGGAAGAGCGCCAUCAUGCUGAGGAAGAACAACCACCACCUCUUCACCAGUGUACAGAAAGCACUGGAUGCUGCUGCCAAAGAGAGGGGCUGUGAGGAUCUGAAGCUGUGGAGGCCAGCCAUUAUUAACCAUCUCUACUGGACUGCAGCUUCCACCCCUACAGGAGAUCCAGAUGAGAUGCAGGCAAAAUGGCAGAGUAUGAUAAAUCAUGUACAGGAUAUACAUGAACACAGCACUCCUGCAUUUCCCAGCUGCGCACAUCCACCGUUGGAAGGAGAGGCGAGAAACAAGGAGAGGCUGGAACCAGGAUCACCAGCAGCCACUAAACUGGAGAGUGUAGCUGCCAGGAAAGCACUGGUGAAAGAUGUUCGACAAUUGUCACCUCAGCAUCAGACAUUCUCCCUGGAGGCCUACCAUUCCCUCAUUCUGCACUUUGCUCCCAAACACACUGGUUUCUCUUUUCUUUGGAUGUACAGCAGACUUCUCUUGGCGGCUCUACAUUUCAACAGUAAUGGCAGAGAUGUAGCUCUAACCAGUGAGGGUGAGGUAUGCUACGCCCUUCGCUACCCCCGGUUUCGGAAAGGUGGCGGGGUAGUCCGCCCUAUCAAGGAGAAACCAUCUUACGGCUACGCAACAAAUCUUAUGGUCUCUCUGGUAGAGGAAUACUCUAGAUCACCACAGGCCUACAAGGAAGCAGUGCUGUCUUGUCUUGUGCUGCCCCGCCCCCCCUCACCACUUCCCUCCAGAAGGUUGCCAAGGAUGAGGCAGUCAGCCUCCAUCUCGCACGACACUUGCAUUUUAACAUGUAAUAAAACAUACGUGAAAAAUUGUGAGAAAACACGUAUCGGUACUCUUUAGUUAGUUUAUUAGCCUAAAAAAUAGGCUUACCAUAGUAAGAAAAAAGAAUGCAUAUAAUGGCACUGAAUUUCCUGUGGAAUGACAAAUAAAUCGAAUCUAAUACAUUUUAC